AUGGAUAUAGAUGAACUUAUGAAUGAGGUUGAUUCGCUGAGCGGGUCCGACGCCUCUACUGACGUAGAUAAUGACAUUCUGCCGGGGGUUCAGGAGGAGUUAGAACGCCAGGAACAAGAAGCGAGUGAGUAUGAAGCUCUAAACACGGAGGACCUCAUCCGUCACAUGUCCGAACUCAUCGAAGAUGUGUCACAAGUGAUAAACCUUCACAAGACCCUUAUCCGUCUCCUUUUGGAGCGUCACAGGUGGGAUAAGAAUGCCCUCAUCGAAAGCUACUUUGAGGAGGGCGAACCGCGUCUUUUCGCUAAGGCGCGAAUUGAUCCCGCGCUGGCUGGCUCCAGUGAUUCCUCCCCCUCCCCCCUGAAACCCACCUCGCUCGAACAGUACUGCAAAGGUAUGUGA